ACACUGAGAUAUAUGAUACCAUGGAAUAACCAAUACAUCAAUUUUGGGGGAAUAUCUACUUGUUUGUGGCUGAUGAAUUAGUCUUAGUCACAACUGUUAAUAAACGUUUCCAACAGUGUUCUUAAGGUGACGUGCCACAUUCUCUACUUCGUGAAGAAUAGCCUGACGUUUGCAUCGAUGCAUGAUAUUUUGGAGGCGAUAAAUUAUUGAUAACAUAAGAAAGGCUAUUUUUCGUUAAAACAACUCCCCGAGAGUUGAGAAAGAACUGUCGCCAUGAGGACUGUUCAUCGCUUCCUCGCUUCACUUGUCGGGGUCUUCUACUUGACCAGCCGUCUUGGAGCGCUGUCGGCGUCUCUUUGUCGAAUCCUCACUCACCUGUACCCUACAUCUGAGCAUGCGCUGAGGGGGCACCUGCUGGCCAACAUAACCGUAUCUCCGAGAGGCUCCUGUGGCUCAUAUUGCUUCGACACGCCCGAGUGCUUCUCGUACAACGUGGGGCCUGGGCCUGAUGAGCUGGAGUUCACGUGCGAGUUGAGUGACAGCGACGCCGCCCAGCAUCCAGACGACCUCGUGCCCAGACCGGGCUUUACGUACCAAGGAUACGAGAACGCCUGUUUGACAAGUGCUCCGUGUUCGUCUCACCGAGCUUGUCGUAUUGGUUAUGAAGAUCCUUUCAGAUGCACAUGUCAAAGGAACUAUACAGGACUGAGCUGCGAGCUUCCAAAGAACGUAAAGGUCGAUGUGUUAUCUGCGGGGUUAGAUGGCAAAGGGGGAUUGAAUUGUAAUCUAAAGGUCGAUGGAACUGAAUACUGCCUGAAGUCAAGAGGCCAUAAUCUCGCGGCAUUUUCAUUGAAUGGAACUCUCAUCGCAAAAGCCGUGUUCGAUACCUACGGCGACACCACCGCCGGCUCCAGGAUGAGUGCUUUCAUCGACUCCCUCCCAUCCAAUAGUCUUGUACUGGUAGCGGUGACAGACUCUGGGGAAAGACAUAUUUCAGAUGCUAGUGAAGCACUGAAGAGCAUUGGAGCAGUGGAACCUCUGACCCUUUCUUAUAGGGCCUCCUGGUUCCUGAUUGGCUACAAGGGGGAGCCACGCCCGUCCUGGGUCAAGCAAGGCUUUGCUCAACAACACCAAGGUCCAUCUAAAGGAACAGCGGUGUUCCCCAGGGAGGGCUGCCUCCCACAUGGAAACCAAAUAGAAAAAUGGUGUAGCAGUCCUUGA